AUGAUCUGUGACCUACUCUGCCCGGGAGUUCAACUGCAAAUCUAUGCAGUACUCCAACUGGUGGUAGCUCUGAGCAGCCAGGAGUUCCGAGACCCUCUGACGCAAUGUCUUCAUCAAGGAUUGCUAGGUUCGAUGCCAGCACCCGACCUCCUCAUCAUGCAGGACGUGACGCAGCGCGCGGCCUUCUUUCAGCGCUCGGCAGCCUUUUGGACAUCUUGUUCAGUGUGCCUGACGGCCAUUCUUGGCAACCUCCUGUCUGAGUUCAGACGGAAGUCUGGGCAAGACGUUCCAGCAUCAGUCGCCGCAGGUUGGCUGCUGUUUUGCAUUGCCGGAGCUGGCAUGAUGCCUUGUAGCCUCUUCUGGCUCGGCUUAGCAAUUGGCCUGUGGAUGCUGAUCAUGCGUCAACGGGUCUCUUCAGACGAAGAUUCUUCUGAAGAUCCGAAGCUUUCGCCGGAGACAGACCUUCGUCUGCUCAGCGGCGAUCAGGCCUUUGGGAACGUGGCGCUGGACAUGCACGAUGGAGACUCUUCAAAGUUUGUCAUCUCAAUGAAAACCCUGUUUUGCUUGAUAGCGCUCACGGCCGCAUAUGCCUUUUUGAUUCCCGGUAUUGUCACUAAAAUGUUUUCCGCGAAAGCCGUGGUUGGCGCCAGUGUCGUGCUUGACGUGGAGAAGUCCACCUUGGGCUUGAUUGUCUUGUUGUUCCAGAACGGAAUGUUGUUGCCAGCUCUCAUCAUUCUGGGAUAUUCUGUUCUUAUGCCAUUUGCGAAGCUGGUCGUGUUCAUUAGCUACGCACACCCAGCCUUGAGAAUUCGGGGGCUCUCUUCGCCCGGAGCAGUCAGGGCUGUUCAGAAGAUCUCGAAGUGGGCCACAGUGGAUGUCUUCACCGCUGGCACAAUCUGUGGGUUGUUCUGCCAACCACAUCUGUACUUGGAGAUCAAGCUGCAUGAUGGCUUCUACUACUUCAUGAGCUAUUGUGUGUUGAGCGUCGUCGGCGCCCUGCUGAUUCCCCUGCCUGCAGACCACAACGCGGAAUCGGAAGAUGCCCAUGAGGACAGCGAUGGUGCCACUGUUGGGCCAUGUGCUUUGUCAUUGGUUGCGGGUGUCCUGGCAGUCGGGACAGUAGCAGGCUUGGCCUUGCUACCUCUGAUGAAGGUCACCUUUCCUAUGAUCGGCCUCGACGCCCGGAUGUCCAUCAUCUUGAUGAUCGCUUCACUAUGGGACCAUGGCUUCGCCGGGGCUGCUGUGUGCUUUGCCUUGCUGCUUCUCCUGGUGCCUGCAGUGGAUGUGGCCCUCUGCUCGGUGGCAUUCUUCGGCGGCUGCAACCCGGUGCCUGCGACACUCAGGUCCUGGUUUCGCGAUUUCGCCAUGCUCGAUGUGUAUGCCCUGGCCUGCGUGGUCGACGGAACACGGGAAGUAUUUAAUCCAAGGACCGCUUUGAACAACGACCUUCAUUUGCCAGGCGGCGAUGAGCAUCAGUAUGCCGGCAGAACUGAGGAAGCGGAUGCCCGUGGGCGCACUCGCCCGGGCGCUGACAUCGCUUGCCAGUCCCUGCAUCGGGGUCCCGCGAUGGUGAGGCUCGAGAAGGCAGGCCCCAAUAUCGUGGAAGAGAUGGGCUCUGAGGUGGUGGACAUCCCUGCACCGGAACUUCUGCAGUCCGCCGAGAAGGUGCUUGAUCUGGGAGGUGAUGACCCUGAUGAGACUGUCCUGGUGCAGCGCACAGCGGCCGCCCGGGUGCUUGCUGGAAAGGCGCUGAAGGGCGCUGUUUCCCAGGGCGGACUUGCGGAAGCUGGCUUCUCGUUGAUGGACGUUCCCAGGCUCUUGGCGCUCCCAGGAGCUGCUGGGCGCGAUGUGCUCCUGGCUACAUCGUGCGUGGAGUUGCUUGCAGCCGGCAGCCUGCAGCAGCAGCGUGACGUUCUGCGCGUUGCCGCUGCCAGGAGCAGCACCAACACGGCGGCAGCAGCUGGCACAGCAAUCCUCAAAACACUUUCAGGACAAGGUGGUCCCGCAGACCACGUGGCUGCCACGGAUGCUUGUGUUGAGACGGUGCGUGAAGUGGCACAAGCGGGGGUGAGGCUACCGGCUGCUGCAGCGUUGCUCAGGCGGAUGUCUACCACGGCAAAGCCCGUGAAGCUUGCCGAAGCUUUGCUGGUCUUGGCACAGAAAGCCGGACCUGGCCAGGCUGACGACCUUCAAGCAGUCGCGGAAAUUCUUGCCAGCAAGGACUCAUUCCACGAUUUCACGCCAGAGCUGUUGCUGGAAGCUGCAUUGUUGUCGUCAAAGCACGACUUUCUCGAGCCCUUGUCGCCGGGAACUGCGGCCGCCGCCGCCAGCAUUCUGGAGAAGUUGCGCUUGGACGAUUUGGUGAAGCUGCUGCUGGCCGUUGCUCGCCGGCGUGGAGGGCUGCCUGCUGAGGUCAAAGACACCUUGCGAGUAGCAGCUGAGACGGUUUUGAAGCCACAGCUGGGGCAACUUGGUUCUGAAGACCUGGCGGGCCUCGUUUUGGCAACGCUGGGCCAUGGCUGGAAGGAGCUGCGGGAAGCGGUUGCACAAGAGUUGCUACGGCGGCUACCAGCUUUCCCUGCAAAGCAGCUCCUGGUAGUCACGCCCGUUUUCCUGCAGGAGCCGACUGGUGUCGAACUGAUAGCGAGCUGGCCAAAGGUCCUCUCCAGGAGCACACCGCCAGCCUCCAGUCAGAAGACUUCUGCUCAGGACGCAACCGACCAGGCUGAAGACCUUGCCCCAGAUCAGCUAGUGAAGCUAGCCAACCUCGCUGAGAAUGAGGCCGUCGCAGCUGCGCCCAAGCAUUGGAAGGCGCUUUUGGAGGAUAUUUCGGCACGCAUGCUGUCACAGGUUGUCCACCUGUCCGCUGCUGGUAGGGCCAUGCUGUCUUCGCAGCUCCAGAGACAGAUCGGAUUGGGCUCUUCCACCAACCGCGCUGCUUUGCAGAAGGCCCUGACUGCAGGUGUGCAGGAAGCCGAGCUUUGCAGACACCGGCCGAAAGCAUGCUUCGACAGCUCUUUACUUACGGUCUCACGGAUGUGUUUUGAGGUUGGGCUUGUGACUGAAAGGCAUAUUGAACUCGACACCUGA